AUGUCGUCCUUGCUGGAUCUCAACCUCGACCUCCUGCUCCUCAUCAUCUCCUAUCUUCAAGGCUGGGAUGCUCUCAACUUAUCUCUUUGUGCCAAACGGGCUUACCACUUGGCCAUUCCCCGAGCCUAUGUCUACCUCGACAAAACCUGCCGCGACCACGCCGACUUCAACAUAUGGCGCGAACGUGUCUUCGCCUUAGACCCCAUCCUAAAAUCCCCUCGGAUUUCAUGCCUGCGCUCCUUGGUCAUCCAGCACCGAGGGCAACACGGUCUCCGAGCCAUAGUUGCCGGACUAGUCGAGGUUUUCGCCCAAGCCCGCCGUCUCGAAUCCUUCGUCGCCAGAUUCGAAGAGAGUCUGGAUCCUGGUGUCACCGAAUGUCCUCGGCUUGGAGAGGCGCUGGGUGCGUUGAAGUUCCUACGUCAACUCAACUUGACCGGCGUCGGCUCUGCCACCAUGCACAUGCUCCACGCUCUUCCCAAUGCUCCCAUAAUCGAGGCCCUAUCGCUCGAUUACCACCCUCCGAAUUCGUGGAGUGCAGGAGAGAACCCGUUUCCCGCUCUGGCGAAAGUCCUCUCCCGGUUUGCUCGUCUGCGUUACUUGAUGUUCGUAUUCAAGCAGGACUUGGUAGUUCCCGAGCUGGAUCCAUCCAUUCCUCCGACAAACCCCCUCAUAUAUCCCCAACUGCCCAGCUUGCGUACUCUGGCUGUUGCCGAGUCUUACAGCUGCAACUUAAUGGACCUCGUUCCCCUCUGUCCCAACCUGUCCUCCCUUUCUUACAUCUCCUUGCGCGCGGACGCGAACGUGUACCGACGAAAGAUAGCGGACACCCCGUGGCCUGCUCUCCGAGCCUUCGAAUGCCUCCCCGGGUACCUUCAAGGUCGCCAGCACCCUCCUCCCUCUCUGCCACAGUCGAGGGGGGAUGUCAGCCGGCUCACCAUAGUCACUCCUUUGUCCAUCUCCGCCCCAUCCCUCUCCCCGAUGUCCUCAACGGCCUCGGCAAGCACCUUCGCGUUCGUUCGCGCCGUCCAGCCGAGCGCUCUUGUGCUCAAGGUCCUUCUUCGCUCCCCAUCCUCCAGUUCGGAGAAAAGCCAACUCAUAUGCUGGGCCGACGCUUUCCGGGUCGACCCACCGCUGCGCUCCCUCGAGCUGCUUUUCCUCUCGCCCAACCAACACCUAACAGGUCUUGGCGCGGCGAUGGAGGGCAUGUCCCUAUAUUACCUCGGCGUGCACGUUAUCGUCGACAGGCAUAAAAUCUUCCAGCGGAACGUCACGCGCACCGAGGUCGCACGCGCACUCGAUCCUCGGGCCUUCUUCGACGCGAUACCGACCCUACGCGUGCUCGGGAUCGGAGACCAGAUGCUCGCCCUGGAUCACACGGGGAAGGAGCGAGAGGCACCGAGAGAGCCUGACGAGACAAGCAGGGAAUGGACGCGGCGGACGAGGUGGUGGUGGAUGGAGGGCGGGGAGAUGGUCGAGAUUUGGAGGGAGGAUGCCGAGCGCGCGCGCGAGAUCAUCGAGCGUCCGGAGUUCGACCGGGAGCGUGGUCUGGAAGGGUUCUUCUCGGAGAAGUGUCUGUAUAGCAUGCUUACCUGA